AUGAUUCUUAUAUCGCAGCUUCCGACUGAGAUUCUCGAGUCGAUAGCUUCUCUGUUGAACCCUGCAAACUUAUGCAACCUACGAUCAGCAAACAAGGCCGUUUGCAAGAAAGUCAGUGCAUCAUUUGGCAAGGCCUGCUUCGCGACUUUAUCUACAGACUUGUCCAGCCAAAGUCUGGAAAAGUUGGACCGAGUUGCUGCAACCGACCAUCUAAGACUCCACGUGCAGACUUUGUUUCUCAGCUACGGCCACCAGAGUGAAUUUGGAAAUGGAUUGAAAUGGUCUCGGCAUCAAGAAGGAUACCUGGAAAAGGUUCAGCCGAGUAGUCAGCCCCUGGAAGAUCUUCUCAUCAACAAGCUGCCAAACUGUCAUUCGGUAUACAUAAACAGCUUCCAGGACUCCGGAGAUCUCACAGGAGAGCUCUCUGUCACAGACGUUGUCUGUAUAAUCCUCAGCAUCAUAGCUCGAAGCGGCCUCAGAAUAAAAUCUUUCACUAUCGAUCUGUGUGGCCAGCACCCUUGGAACACGUCUCGAGGCUCUGGCCAUCUGUACGCGGGUCGAUUACCACCGUACCUUGAUUGGCAAACCUCUACCUUUGCAGAAGCUUGGGCCUGCCUCGAGGAGCUUCACUUUCAUCAGGACCUUGAUCCGCAGAUUACGUCUUUCACGAGAGAGCUCAUUCAGCUGGCGUCUGGGCUCAAGGUAUUGUCUUUAACAGGCUCUUAUGACGAUCAUUCAACUAUUCAUCCGAUUCUCCGUCUCAAACGGCCAAAUUUGCAAAAGCUGUAUCUUCGUAGCGCCUACAUACCUCAGCGACUUUUACUCAGCUUUCUGGAAACCAGUAAAAGUACGCUUCGAUUACUUUCUCUGGCAAUGGUUUACAUGGAAGAAAAUGGGGUGUGGCCAGCAGUGUUCCGUACCUUGCGCAAUGAUUUCCCCAGCCUCACGGCGAUUUCACUCUUCUACAUAAAAGAGCGAUACACAGAAGGGGAGGAAGACUUCCACACGACCGUGAUGGUGUUUCCCACGUUCUUUCAACGUCUUCUCUCUUCCAGUAUACCUGUCCAACCAUUUGACUUUACUGUCAAGAAAGCAGGUCUUGUCGGGUUUGACUACACAGGUCCGCACAUGGCAAGAGUCCUACAACUUCUCGAAGAGUGCGUAGAGCCUCUGCAUGAGAAAUCGCAAGCGGUACGAGAGGCCCAUGGCCGGUAUCCGCUCCCUUGA